UGACAUCUAGAAUUCCACAUUCAACCGAUUGAUCACCUUACGCGCGCUGGUUAUGAACAUUCGUUCGUAAAGCAAACAUGAAUUUGGCUUUAAUUCUCGGUAUUCUGGCUGUUCUUGUUCUUCAUGCCGAAUGCAGAUCGUAUGAUCGUCACUUGGUGUUAAAGGAUGGUAUAUUUAACCUGUACUACAGCUACAACGCCACAAAUAAAAUGUUUUAUUUCAAGGUGGUGGCCAAAACCACAGGCUGGGUUGCCUUAGCAAUGACACACGAAAAAGGCGCCGAAGGAAUGAAAAACUACGACAUAAUCCUUGGUGGUGUUAAGGGCGUUAAUACCAACGAAACGUACAUAGGUGACUACUGGUCAACAACCACAGCGAUACCAAGUUACGAUAACAAACAGAACGUGGCAUUGAAGAACGCUAUGGAGAUGGACGGUAAUACUACCCUUGAAUUCAGCCGUUUAGCUGAUACUGGUGAUACUUCACAGGACAUAAAGAUUGAGAAAGGCAAAGCCGUUUACUUUGCAUGGGCAAGAGGAGAUAAAGAUGCAGUUUCAAACAAAAUCUUCCAGCAACAUGGAAACAAAGCAAGCAUGGGACGAGGUCACACUACGGUGGGAUAUGAUAUGUAUACAGGUAAAGAGAUCACAACUCAAACAACAACAGCAAAACCUCCAACAACUACAGGAACCGCAAUAGUUCCCUCUAUUGCCGUGCUGAUCAUCACUGCUCUGGUUACCCUCUCCCCGUAAUGGUCUUACUGUGUGACCAUGAUGCUAUAGAUAAAUAGUUGAUCAUCUUGGCAAGUUGUUCACCAACCACAAACAGGGGAUAGUUAAGACGGAGUUGCUGAUAUUUUUAUGACUGCACUAAACACCGAGUAUGUAUUAAAUAAAACAACAGCAUUCAUACACUUUAUAACACAAUUGUUUUUCCAAGGCUCAGUCCGUCACAGCAUAGUAACUAUGGUCAGAGUGUUGAGAUAGAUCUUAAUGCAAGGGUGUUAGCAACGCACAGCUUAUUACAUGACAUCUGUAUUUAACUUAAAUAACGAAAUAAAAAAAGCACUUUUCACUGUUAA